UUAAUGGGAGAAUCUGGAUACAUUGAACUAUUUUCGGAAAUUAAAACUAGCUCAAUGGAUGGAAUAAUAAAGCAAGAACCAAAUCAAGAAAUGGGUCCAUCCUCUGCGUCAGUACCAAUACCAGGAGGACAUAGAAGUACUAGAGGUGUAUAUGAUCAAUUCUCACCAUCUCCAUUAAUGUCAAUAUGGCCCAACAAAUCAGAUCACAUAGAAUCACCUUUUAAGGUAGAUUCUGAUCAAUUAGAUGACUUUUUUAAAACAGAAAGGUGGGAAGAUGAUGAUAUACUACAAGUGGACAAAGCAGAUCUUAUACAAGGACCUACACUUGCUGAAUUAAAUGCAAAUGAUGAUACACUUCUUGGUGAUUUAAAUUUUGAUGAUUUACUUUUACCAGAAGAAAGAGUUCAACCAUUUAAAAUGGAUGUCAGUACAACUCAAUCAGUUGGUCCAUUAUUUAAUGAUAACAAUGCUAGUUUUGCUCCAAGUAGUUUUCCACAAUCUGGAUUAACGUACCGUAACAUUUGCCCUACAUAUAUAAAUGCACAUGGAUUCAAUUUGAAUAUAAAUAUCAAUGUUGCUGAUAAUUUGGAAACAAUUAGUCCCAAUGCUUUUCCAAGUCCAGGAACUAGUAAUAUUGCAGGUAGUUCAACUGCAAGUUCAUCAACAUCUCCACAUCCUAUGAAUAGGCCUAAUGGACAGUCUGCUCUUCAUGAAUUAUUGAUGAGACGAUGUGAAAAUUCUUUUGAUAGUUCUAUGCGUGGACAGAUGGAUAUUGCAUGUACAAACAACAAGUCUAAGGUGUCUAGGUUAUCAAUGUCUGCACCAUCACAGACUAUGGGAUUAGAACAGAUUUGGGCUCGUAGAGAACCACGUCCACAUUUAUUAAGUACUGGUAGUCUUGGUGUUGUUGAAGCAGGUUCAACAAGUAGUUUAAGUACUGGAAGUGCACUUAGUCCUGAUCCACUCUAUCAUAUUGACCAUCUUAGUCAUGAUGAAGGUUAUGAAGAUAGUGAUGAUGACAGUGAUCAUUAUGAUGAUUAUAGCAGUGAUAACGAUACAGGUGGUAGUGAUGGAGAAGAUCAACACAGUGGAAGUAGAGUAGGAAGUGGAAGUGUGGAUUCAAAUCGAGAAAGUAAACAUAGUAAGAAAGAACGAUAUUUUUGGCAAUAUAAUGUUCAGGCAAAAGGGCCUAAAGGACAAAGACUUGUUGCAAGGGCACGUCUUGAAGAUCCACAUAUUUUAAAUGAAGCCACGGACCCUGUUUUUAGUCCUCAUUGUGCACUGCGUGGAAUUAAACACAGUGGAAAAGCCCGAAAAGGAGAUGGAAAUGAUCUUACUCCGAACCCACGUAAAUUGUAUAGUAUUGGUCGUGAAUUGGAUAAAUUGUCUCGUAUUAUUAAUGAUAUGACACCAGUUUCGGAAUUACCAUUUACGGCAAGACCUAAAACGCGCAAAGAAAAAAAUAAACUUGCUUCUCGGGCAUGUCGAUUGAAGAAAAAAGCUCAGCACGAAGCGAACAAAAUAAAACUUCAUGGUUUGGAACAAGAACACAGACGAUUAAUUCAAGGUAUAUCUCAAGCUAAACAAACACUUGCAGCAAAAUUAACAGAACCAAAUCCUGAAAAUCAAGAAGAAUUGACACGUCAAAUGGAGAGAUGUUGCAAAUUAGCCACCAAAAUACAAAUAGCAAAUCAUACGACCGAUUUUGUCAACAAAGUAUUGGAUAAAGUACGUGCUGGUGUACCUGAUGGUGGCAUCGACGAUUUUUAA